AUCGUAAUAUCUCUUUUAAAAAGUAUUUUGUGCUUGUGAAUUGUGAGUUUUUCUAGCUAUUCGUUAACUAUAAUGAAUACCCCAAACUUACUAUCAGUUAAUGAUCUAUUUAAGAAAGAUAUUUCCACGAUUACGGCCGCGGAUAUUCCAGGACGCGGCCGAUAUUUUGAUGAAGAAGCAAGGGUGAAGUUUUUUAGUCUGGAGGAAAUUAUCAAUAGUAUAGGCCAAAUGUCAACCAAAGCUCAGGGUUUAAAAAAGAAUAUAACUACCCUUGAAAAACUACUUCUUUCACCAAAUAACAAACUUUAUAUUCUUAAAGAUGAAAAGGGUAAUGGGGGAGCUGGCGAAGUGAUUGGCAUAUUAAAAAUUGGCAUGAAAAAAUUGUUCCUAUAUGACAAACAAAAUAAAUUAGUAAUAGCUACACCCAUGUGUGUUUUAGACUUCUUUGUAAUUGACAAUAGGCAGAGAAGUGGAUUCGGUAAAAAGUUGUUUGACUACAUGUUGGAGGAUGAGAAGUUGAAGCCAUAUGAUCUGGCAAUAGAUGGGCCGUCUCCAAAAAUGUUGGAGUUCCUUAAGAAACAUUAUAAUUUCAACAAAGUUAUAAGACAGUCGAACAAUUUCGCAAUAAGUGAAAAAUUUUUUGAAUCACCAUUUAUGGGGUCGGCCAAACCAAUGGAAAAAAUGGAUUUAAAACCCCAUCCCGUGAUGCGAAGGUGGGCAAGUGAAGUUAGUGCAGUGAUACACGGAGGGAGCUCUUCUUCAAGUACUAUGUCACAGAAAAGUGAAUCAGAGUCAUCGAUCUCGGAGGCGGAGGCCGAGACGUCCGAAGAGCGAUGGGAGGUAGCGGUGGCGAAGCCCGCGUCUAAGCUGGAAUCUCAGGACCCGAUUGAGGCCGCCAAGACCACCAGCAAACCCCCAGAGCGGCCUUCCACUUUAACUUUCGAUUGCGCUAAAGUUGUCGAAGCCGAGGCUAGUGUCCAACUUGAAAGCGCGACUUCUCAACACUCCGACAGUCAACUGACCGAUCAGGGCUACGUAGACCUGAAAUUCCAUCAUAAAAAACUUUGGUAAUUUUGUCAAAAACCUUGAGCGUUAUUGAGCUAAAUAUUCAAUAAUACGUUGAAUCCAUUGCUACUUGUGUGUUGCUAGAAAGAAUAAAUUGUUUAUUGCUUUGCCAAGCCCUCGCUCAGGGAAGUUACGGGCGAUUGCACUAAACGCUAACUGUUGUAUGCUCGUUGUCAUUUAGUAGUGGUGAAUAUUUAUUAAAGAUUUUAAUAUUAUUGCUUAAAACACUUAUACGUAAUCGAUUGUGUGUAAGGUGUACUUUAUGUGGUCUCUUUGUGCUAUUAUUAUACAAAGGGAGAAAAAGUAUUCUAUUCUUUUCUUCGAGUUAUGAAUCUCGUGAUGCGAUUUCAGUCUACAGGAGGAAAAUGUAUGUAUUACUAGAUGCUAAAUAUUUAUCUUACUUUAUCGCAAUUAAUAAGACCGAAAUCCAAUUUCAUAAAAACCAUUCUAUGAAAAUGGAAUUAAUAUUUCUAUCAAUAAAACGCUAGUAUUAAUAAUUAUAAUAUUUUUAAUAGAUUGGAAGUUAUGAGCGUUUAUAUAAAAAAAAUAUUGGAAAGCGUUGAUAGAAUAUCUUAAUCUUGGUGAGAUUACUGUAGGCAUUUAAAAUCUGUGGACAAAUUGAUUAAUUAACUCAAAUUCUAAUAUGUUAUAGUAAUUAAAUAACAAUAAAAUGCAUUCCAUAUAUCACAUAAUUUAAUCAAAUAAAAAUAUGUUUUUGAAUAACUGGUUUCAUUUUUACCCAAAUCUCUCGGUUGUAGUUUUUAUGACAGAAAUUCAAACUUAGGAGGAACAGGUGGACGCAAAAAAAACCUCGUUAUAUUUUUAUCUAGUAACUCUCAUUUUUAGCUGGUAACUUUAUUCUACGUAGUAGACCUACGGUCCGCUUUAAAAUUCCAAGGAUCUAGUAAAAGCAGGAGUUUAAAUAAAAAGCCAAGUCAAAAUGAACUUUUAUUUCCAUUACAAUUGAAUAUCCGCACAUAAUUUUUUUUUUAUCUUUGGAUUCUACAAACUAACAUUUAAAGGGUACAUGAAAAUAUUGCGACCGGCACAUGUAACUAUAACAUCGAGAUCGAAGUAGUGGUUCUUAAGAGAAUGUUAAAAUAACCCAAUAAGUAUCGGAAGAUCUUAGCAUUCCGUGAUUCUACAAGUUUAUCGCUUUAAAAUAUGAAUUUCGCAGCAUAUCUCUAUUAGAACCGUACCACCGUUGUUAAAUUACGAUAACAGUAUUGUCACCAGCCGAAUUCCAAUACACCAUAGAGAAAUAAUGUGAUAAUACGCUCUGAAAAGCAACUCGUUUAACAUCCCUCAUACUGUUUCACGUCCGACUAGAAAACCCAAGGCUGCGGACGAGCGUAAGCCGGAAAUAGUAAUGGCCGAUGAUAAAUACAAACGCGUGUGUACGCGUCAAUUUCAUAUAAAGUACUAAUAAAAAUAAAUAUCUUUUGAUCCGCACAAACGCUCGUUAGCAAUGCACGCGUCUCGCCCGGGUUUCUUACAAGGCACCGCGUCUUGCACUCAUUUAAAUUCGUUCCGAUUUGAGCAUAACUUCUCCAGAGUGCACUAACACUAUAAAACGAAAAUUCUAAUAAGAAAGCCUUCUGAUAACGAGAGGCUUCGUGCUAAAUAUCAAAGGGAUCCACGAUCGUUCUUACCAUUCUUUAUCUCAAUCGGAUGCCGUUGAAUUGGUUAACAUAGUCAAAGAUAUAUAUUAAAAAACAAACUAAUAAGAUUUACAUCCAGCAUAUCAUUAUAGCCUAAAUAUAGUAAAAUUACAAUGUAGCAUAAUAAUUAAUAAAGAUAAAAUAAAAAAUGAGAAUAAUACCAUAUAACUGAAAAUAAUAUAAAAAGUAUAUUGGUUGUAAAACAAUUAAAAAUCAAUACGUCAAAUACUUUCAUAACUAAAUUAGCAAUAAAUUACAAGAAAAUAAAACAAGAAAUAUUAAAUAAGAUUAAUUAAAUUCAAACUGCAUCCAAUUUCAAUCUAUCGGCGUGUUAACAAAAGUACGUACAGUCAGCUCCAAAAUUCGUAUACCGUAGUUGAACUAAAAAUAAGCUAUAGUACAAAUAAAUAUAUAGGAAAAAUAAGAUUAAGCACAGUUUAAAUUAUACUCAAUAUAUUGUACAUUAAACUAACACGGGAAUGUCUUGGCACGAUGACCAUUCAUUACAAUUAGGCCAUUUUAUUAACUUGUUUUUUUAUCUGAUAUGUUACCACUGACUGUACUAUUUAGGUACCAAUAUCGUUGAACCACACUUUGACUUUACACAAACAAAAAUCUUACUUCCAAUAUAAUGAUUAUUAAAAUAGUUUCAAGGAUUGUACGCGUUUUUAUUUCAGAGAACUUACGUAUAUUCUCAAUCUUACAACGAAAUACAUUUAUAAUAAAGACUAGCAUAUGUCAGUAUUAACCUUAAAUAUUAAAUAUAAAGAAACCGCCACUACUCGAAUAUUAUAAUAUAGUGAUUUAUUAAAUUACCUUAACAUUUUCCAAUAAUUGUAAUAACAAUCACUGAAUGAAAUAUUGAGCAUCAUCAUACAGAUUAAAAAGCCGUAUCACAGUAUGCUAACUUAAAUAAUGUCGCGUAGAGAAGUCGAUUCUUAAAUAAAUUACAAGCCAACUACGAUGCGUUUGCUCAAGUGAGGGCGCGUCUUCACUCACAUACAAUUUACUUUCACACGAGGGUAGGACACUGAUACAGAACACUACUGAUAUUGUUUGUACGCACACGCUAAGACUUACUAUUUUGGACAGUGCGUUACACUGAUGUUUGACAGCUGUGACACUUGUCUUUAUAUUGGUGUCUCUAUUAUUUCAAAGAGAAUGUAAGAGACAGCAAUACUUACAGUCAGUGCUGAGGAUUUUUGGGGUUAUAUUGGCAACAUUGGUCUGCGUCAGUGUUCUGAGGCGUGGAAGGGGGCGAGGGUUUCGACAGUAGGCCCUGAAGCGACUCUCAAGCUAUUGAAUGUGAUCGCAUCAUUCAUAAGACUAACACUAUAAAUGCUAAAUGUUUUAUCAUAUAAAUAUACAAAUACCAUCAAAAUAAGAUUAAUUUGAAAAAAACUGUGUACAUUCUAUCUCAAAAUUAACGAAAACGUAUCAAACGUUACAAACACAUAUUUGUCAAUCAUAAUUUCAACGUGAAGACAAGAAUUUAAGCAGAGAUAUGCAUUUAAGAACGCUUCCCGCUUCUCUAAUCAGGAAUCCCACGUCAUUUGGCACUGAACAUAUACGCAUCGAAAGUUAUAAUAUAAAAUUAAACUACGGAUCUAAAAGUGCUUGUUGAUGAAUAAGAGGUUUUAAAAACUAUGCAAUUAUGUAAUAAGAAGUAUACUCAACCAUUCAUCAUAUCAAUCAAUUCUCAGUCUUUAAAUAUAAAAUUUAUUUACAACGAAUGCGAAAGAUUUUUGACUACAUGACUACAAUAUAUAGACUUGUUUAACCUAUGUUAUGUAAUUGUUAUUUAUUGAACAAAUCAUUCAACAUACUGAGAUGACAUUCUUUACGGAAAUAUAGAGUAAAUCACUUCAACGUGUAAAGAAUCAAGAAUAUGAGUUUUGUAGUUAUUUUUUUGUUUCUUGUCCCCACAAUCAAGUCCAAUUUAUAGAUAGCAUAAAAACAAAUUUCGUUUGAUAGAUGUUUGCAUCUUUAAAUAUUCACAUGUUAGAUGUUUUAGAAUUGAAUUAUCUUUGGUACCGACACUGAAUGUUAUAUCAUUAUGUUGAACUAAACUACAUGAAAUAUUAUAAUUACAAGGAAUAAAUUCGGUUACAGCGUUGUACUUGAGCCGCGAAUUGAUCCACUGUUACCUUUGUGACUAUCAAUAAACUUCGCGUAACUGGGUUUUGUACUGCACACGAAACACGUACGCAUGCACGCACGUACGCACACACGCAUGCAUGCUUGCACGCAUGCACGCACGCACGAAGGUACGCACACACUCAUACAAUCAUUAUGUUAUAUUAAAACUUACAACUAAAAGCCUAAUUUGAGUGUAUUCGCUGGUUAACAUGGCGGCAACAGGUUGGUACUAACGAACAUAUAUCGAAAUACAUCAAUACAUAUCCGCUUCUUUGGUUUAUAAAUAUUUGUGUAGGAUUGUGAUUAAAUCUAAUACAGGUAUUGUUAUAUUUAAAAUACUAAAUGCCAGUCAAGAAUGUUGUCUGGAAUGGUAGAUACAAGAUACGGUUAAAGUUAUAUAAAUUAUGGACAUAUAUCAAUAUCAACUACAACCAAAUUCGAUGCGUAAACUAAGUGAAAAUUUGAUGCGUAAACCAAGUGAAAAUUUGAUGCGUAAACAAAGUGAAAAUUUGAUGCGUAAACCAAGUGAAAAUUUGAUGCGU